UUACAGUUUUGCAAAAGAUUGAAAAGAACCAAGUUUAACAAAGAUAAGGCAAUGGCUUUGGUUUUUACAGAUUUGAUAAUCAAGUACUUAAGGUUCAUGAGGAUGUAUGUAUAGUUCAAUUUAAGGAUACAGAUGGUUAUUAAUACUGAGUGACGGAAAAACGCUUCCUUUCUCUUUGCUUUGCACACCGCUCGUCGGUUUUUAGUGAGAAUAGUUCACGCACCGACAUGCUCUCAAAGCGUUCAACACGUUAGACCUUUAAGUAUCAAAUAAUCUGACCUCAACUGUAUUUUAUGUAGAGUCAGAUAAAGAGUUGAACCUGGCGAUCGUCACUAUUUAGAGUUGUUUAUAUUACAAACUCGUGUCAGUGUCCUGAUGCGACAGGUGUGGUGACAGAAUAUUAAAUGACACGGUUGAUCAGUGAGGUGACAACCUUUGGUUACAGGACACGGAGGUUCUCAUCUGCUUUUGUUAAAUUUAGUCAAAUGUCAACGAUAGGGCUAUGUUGAGGUCAGGCUAAAGUUAGGGAGGCGACUAAAGUCGGCUUAAGGGAGGACAAACGGCCUUGGCGCUUUGCGUUAAGAUUGUAUUUCACGCCCGUUUUUACCUCAUCUAGUGGCUUCUAAGCAUACGUUGUAUGAAUACACUCUGUACUUUUGCCGUUUCUGUUCAUGUACACCCAAGGUACAUUCUACCCUCCGUGCGUUCAUAUUUAUAAAAGUUCUAACAUUGGACGUUGGAAUUCGAAAUAGUUAAACUAUUUAAUCAGUAUGAAGAUACAGUUUAAAGCCAAAGCCAACCUCAAACAUUUGGCUGCCACAUUUCAUAUCUGCAAUGAAAAAAAAGCAAACAAACAUAAAUGUUGAUAACUUGUCAAUGCCCUACAACUUAGGGCCUGCUUGACAAAUCCGGUUUCACAUAAAUUUGCUUUCAAGUAGCUUGCGCGAUAUAAGAUAGUUCGAUAUUUUAUUUAUUUAAGCCAUCCCUUGUUUGAUUAACAUUUUCAAAAGGUGUUUACAAUUUUUUGCCCGACCUUGAAACCGUUAUGACCCUUUAUGGUAUGCAAUUUGGACGGCGCUGGAGGCGAAUCUGACCAGUUUCAACAAUCCAAACACCCUGCUUUCUUUUGUCGAGGGCUUUCGGUUGAGAGGAGUUGCACUUCCAGCACCCAGAAAUUCAGAGGUCAGUGUACUCUCCCCUCUUCCAUCGGCAUGUCAAUCUGCUGUUUCGAACUGACCGUACAGAGAACCGGUGCCCAGUGUAUUUUGAAACCCAGAGGUUUUACCCGAGACCCGUUACAGCAAGCUUUUGACAUAAACACGUCAAUUGACAUAAACACGGCAAACAAUUGGUAUGACGUAGAACGGGUUUGAGUUUCGAUCCUCGAUGUCAGUUUACAUAAAAGAUUUAACAUGGCAUGUGGUCUUGUCCGAGCUGUAAACAAGUAGUGGGUUACAUAACUAUCAGAAUUAGCGGUUUGUUAUUAAAUCGAUCGCUCCACAUGUAGGUCAUUUUCAUUGAGUAUAUGACUUGACUUGAUGGAACGAGUUUCUGUUUCUCUCAGGUAUUACCAAUGUGUCCAAAUGUGUCUAAAAUCACGUUUCGUAUUGAAAGAUAUCUUUGUUGGCAUAUUUUCAUUGCUAGAUAUAUUAUCGAAUAGAAUACGAUCGGUGUUUGUAUGGCCAUGGUUAACUUAUGUCGGAAUAAAUCAAACCUAUGCCAGGUCGCGUUGACAUUAUAGCUCAAAUAAUGAAUUCACAGGUCGUUGCCAUAGCAACAUGAGUAAUGUGAUUUCAGGCACCCUUUGGUCAGUUCCGAAUGUCAGUAGUCAUGACCAGAAUCGUGUCCAUUUUAAGAUAAUUGGAUUGUUGUAAGUGAUGAGAAAGAGAAUGAAAAGAAUGAAGAAUUUUUAUUGAUCUUUUUUUCUUUAUAUAAGGCCUAUAUGACACAUCAAUUAUGCAACACAAAUUUAGAAGACUUGGGAAGACAAAAUAGAAAGACAAGACGCGGUCCUUGCUAUUAAUUGCGACGUGCUACUGAAAAGAUACCCGUUACAUUACAAAAAAUGCCAAAAGCAGUAUUUGACUUUACUAUUUUUCAACUAUCUUUAAAAGUCCAUAAACCAUUUCAACUAAGAAUAAAAGUACAAACCAGCAUUUAUCAUUAAAACGGUGAUAUUUGUAUAAGGGUAGGCAUUUAAGGAGGACAAAGCAAAACGUCAUCCAAUUGAUACAAUUAAAACCUCUAUUGAAUAUACAUCGGUUUAUAAUUGAAGUACAAAAACAGCUUCUUGGAAUUUCAUUCAUAUUUGGCAUGUGCUCUGUGUGGUAAAUUUAAUUCUCAUGGUCGUCAGGGAUAGGGGGCAUAGGGGUGCUGGUGGCAUAAAAACACUUUUUGUCGGUGCAAAACAAAAAUGAUAAGAUAAAAAAUCGCGUGGUUAAAGUAAGUGUCAUGUAGAUUCAACAUACGCUAUCAAAAUCUAUGCCGUGUGGAACAUUGAUGCACAUGCACCAACGCACGUUGGAUUUUCACAUUUAUUUUAUGGGUGUGUGCUGUCACGACCAUCUUAUGGAGAAGCGACUUCAGGAUUUUACUAAUAAAAACAGGACGCUUUAGCCUUAUAAUUUAAAUUAUUUCAUGUUUCAGCGUGCAUUAAUUCUUUAUAGUAACCACAAGUUUAGGUAAAAUAACACAGGGUGAUGAUGGUCUUAAGUCCGAGCUCAUUCCGCCGCUAAGCAAUAUGCGACCUUGAAAUCGCCAGUUUUGAAGAAAUUACAUCACUUACGAGCGGAAAGCGCUGGCAAUUACUCGCUGAAUGUUUCAGAAGGGAGAACGCGUUAUUGAUCACUCCUCAAAUGCAUUGCAAAUAUCCUUGUAGAUUUUCUCAUAAUUUCAUCCGGAGCUUGUAUUGACCUGGAUGCUGAGAAGUUAUUUUUAUUCUCAUUCCUCAGAAACCGCUCAACAACCGCGGCCUCUAUCAGCGCGCACCUGUGUCGCCAGGUGGCAGCACUGUUGAUUGGAUCGUUACACACCUUUCACUGUUUCUCUCCACCGCUGUUCGAUAUUUGUUUGAAAAGAGAAUUUGUUGGGAUAGUCUUAACUUGUACUUAAAGGUCUGUUUACACGAGACAAGGACAAUAAUGACCAGGGACGCUGUAAAGCUGAAAAAACAAGAGAUUGUCCCUUGUUCUACAAUACGGGUCAUACCCAGUGUCUAUUUACCCGAGCUCUCCAUGCCAAGGGUAGAAUCAUACGAGCCCGGCGCCCGGGGCUCAGUGUGUACUUGUGGAAAAUAAAGUCACUAUCUUGGGAGAUCAUUGCACUUGUCGCUCCCCGAGGUGAGCUUGUUUACUUGGGCGCCCGCAUUCAGUCAUGAGACCCCUGCCUGUCACACGCGAUUUCCCGGCUGUUUAUUUCAACUUGUGCAACAGCGGUGGCGAUGGCCCAUUUUGAUAUGCAGAAAAGAAGUCAUGGUGGUGGUUUCAACGACUGUUUGAGGUCACUCAUUUUUCAGUGGGCAUGUUUGCAGUUGUCACUAAAGAUGUAUUGCCGUUAUGCGAUGUGAAUCUCUGCUCUUUAAGACUUAAUAAUCCAUUACUAAUACGAUCAAGGCAUGUACAUUGUAUUAGGCCUCAUGGACGUCAUUGGCGUCCUUUCUUGUUUGCUCUGACAGGUUUUACAGUUACAACACAGUUCAAUAAUUCAGAUAUUUAAAAUCGAGCGUAGUUUGCGAGUCAUUCAGUUCGUUGCAAGAUGUUUAUUCAUUUACUGAUGUCUGCAAAAGCGGGUUUUUAUGGAGUCAGAUUUUAUUUGUCAUAUAACAACAACACGAAAAGGACAAAAUGAAAACGCGAGUUCUGCAGUGCGGCAUGUGAAGGCCUACCCUGAGUUGGUGUACAUUUGCACUUUUCGUUAAACGGCUUCACAUUUUAUUACUGCAUUUAACACUUUCGAAAUAUUUUGUGGUUAAAACACCAGUUUUUCGUGAUAAUGUCAAUCUUGGUGUUGGUGAAAUUCUUGUGGUUGAAAGCGUGCAUAUGAAGUACCCGGUACAGAACUGCGGUUGGAGUUCAAAAACCUGUUCUUUGUUACUUUUGAGCACCUUGGCAAAACACAAGUCGCUCUUCUGUUCUAAUUCCACACAACAUAUUUGCCUCUUCCUGUUAAAUGUUACGUAUAUACCAUGAAUAUAGUGGCAUUUCAGAUACACAGGCAAUUCAAACCCGGCCCGGAAGACAAGGAAUUCUCUCCAAGGAAUUUAUCCAUUCCCCCAAUUUUUUUUACACUGGAUUCUAUUAAUACAUAGUUGCCUUCCAAAUAAUUCGGGCAGUCUUUCGUUAAUAUAGGUUAACAAACUCCAGCCUGUAUCAGACAUCCGAUGCCCUAUGCUUUAUCUUGAUAGCCGAAUGUCUUGCGUGGGCAAUACGUAUAGAAUAGUGGAUCCUUAGAAAUAUAACACUGGUGUCACAAGAUUCUGUUUUUUCUUAUCAUAGCACAGUGUGUUUGUCAUAUUUGUCAAUAAGAAGUAGAGCGGGACACAUUGAGGUCAGGGUCGCUGUUGUCAUCUUGUUGCCCCAGUAGAGUGUUUACCCCUGCCGUACGUAGACGUCCAGAUGUCCGUGGGGGUUAGAGCUGGGCGCAAAGGCUCGUAGCGGCCCGCUUGAAAAGGUUGACGUCAAACGUAGAGUAGAUGGUAUAAAAGAGACAGGCUUGUCAGAGAUUCUAAUGCAAUUUUAGGUAACUCUGCGUGACUGUUUCAUAACGCAACUAACGCAUUUGAGAAUACACACAGUCCGAGCUGAAGCUGAAGCCAUAGCUGUAUACAAAUAGAACAUGGGUGCUAAAAGGCGGGUUUUUGUGGACGAAGAUGCGGAGGUUCCAGGCCCCCCCGUACCCCCUGACGGAGGGUGGGGGUGGGUGGUGGUGGCGGCGUCCUUCAUGUGCAAUGUGGUGGUGGACGGCGUGAGUUUUUCCUUCAUGAUCUUCAUGUUGGAGUUCAUGCAUUAUUUUGAGUCGACGGCCGAGCAGACGGCCUGGGCCGGCUCCUGCCUCACGGGGUGCUAUCUCCUUAUGGGGCCCAUCACGAGUGCGCUGGCGAACCGUUACGGGUGCCGUAUGGUGGCGAUAUCCGGCGCCGUGAUGGCGACCGUGGCCUUCCUCCUCAGUACGCUGACCACCAACUUAAACUGGUUAAUUCUUACAUACGGAGUUAUUGGAGGCAUCGGGUUUGGCCUAAUCUACCUCCCCGCCAUCGUGAUAGUGGGGUUUUACUUCGAGAAAAAGAGGGCGCUGGCCACCGGUAUUGCAGUGUCGGGAUCUGGGGUCGGAAUCAUUGUUUUUCCAAUGCUCUCUAGCAAACUCGUCAAGGAAUACCACUGGCGAGGUGGACUCGUACUUGUAGCAGGGAUUGUCUUGCAGAUCGUGAUUUGUGCCGCCCUCUUUCGGCCACUAGACGUACCAAAGCGCAAGAAAAGGAAACCAAUUAUUAUUUACCGUGGCAAUAUUAUGACAAAACUGAUAGCGGAAAAGAAAAGGCAAAGGACUAUCUCCACGCAUUCUUUAGACAAUACAAUUAUCACAAAAGACAACAGAUUGAUUCGAAAUAAAGACUUGGUGCAGCUUAUCAUCGCUGUCGAUGAAACGGUUCACAAAAAACCUAAACCCAGACCCUCAAUUUUACCGGUAAAUCCGGCGGACGUUAGUCUCAGUUGUACGGGACAGAUGAAUCGGUCAGUAGCAAUAAAGAAUAAACCACUGGUAGAGGUCCUCGAACGAAGUCGGUUUUAUUGUACACCUUCUGGUUUGAACCCAGGAAGCACUAUGUCGCUACAACCACACAUGUUGACUUAUAAAUCCUCGGAUGACGAUAAGGAGAUGUCGCCAUCUAGCGGCUAUUCCAGUACGCAAAGUCUUCCAAGCGGCAGCCAACAGCAUGCGUCUUCCGAAACCGAGGAAAUUUGGCAACAGCACGGGGACACAUCGGAAAACCCAGAGGAAGAAGAGCAACAACGGGAAGACAUGGCACGGCCUCUCUACAGGAGGGAUAUUUUCUUCAAUGGCAGCGUGGCGCACCUUCCACAGUUUCAGGCGGCUCACAAUGAUCUGCAGCAGUAUCUGAAGAGUGUCACACACGUGCCUGUGGUGCAUCACAAUCCCAUAUUUGAUGUCAUCAAGGAGAUGUUGGACCUGUCAUUGUUCAAGAACAUCACUUUCCCUAUCCUGUGCCUUUCUACGUUGUUGAGUACGAUGGGUUUUUUCAUCCCUUACGUGUUCGUGCCAAUUAUGGCGAUACAACAGGAGAUCAAGUACGAAGAAGCCGUGGAAUUCAUAUCCUGGAUGGGCGUGGCCAACGCCAUAGGGCGGGGCCUAUCUGGUGCCGUGUCGGACCGCCCCUGGGCAGAUUCACUCAAAAUCUACGGUGUUUUCCUCAUCAUUGCUGGAGUCAUGACUGCAGUGUGUCCGAAACUCAACGACUUGUUCCCUUUCUGGAGUAUCUAUACGCAAUUUGUGGUCUAUUCAGUGGCCUUUGGGCUUUUUACAGCCCCCUUUGUAUCAUUGCGGUCAAUAAUUCUGGUUGACCUCCUGGGACUGGACAAGUUGACCAAUGCAUUUGGCCUUCUCAUACUUCUCCAAGGAGUAGCGGCCAUGGUGGGAACGCCUAUUGCUGGUAAGAUAUUCGACAGCAGCGGCAGUCUGGACGAUGCAUUUUACGCCGCGGGGACUCUUAUCGCGCUGUCUGGGCUCUUGGUGCUGCCACUGAGGAUAAUUAGAAACUGGGAACUCUCAGACAAAAAGAAAAGGGGAAUGGAAUACACAGACGGUUAUGGCAAAAUAGAAAAGGGCGAGUGUUCCGGUGCCGCAGCCCCAGUUCACAUUACCAUCCAACUUCCUAAAGAACAUCUGGAAAAAAUGCAGGGUCUCUACGUGCCGCAAGAGGGGGAAGUGAAAGAAGUGGAAGUGCUGUUAUCCAAGGAAUCCGUCAUGUAAAAGAAAAACGAUGGUGCCUGCAAGUUAAACGUAGUGACACAAAGACGUUUUGUGAGUCGGGUGGUUCUUCCACAUUUUAUUGCCUGUGAUGAAGAACCAGAUUUUCCGUACAGCGUGUCUGGCCACAAAGCCGCUUCGAUUGAGCAAGAACCUAUUUCAAGUGUUCAAUGGCCACCUUUAAGUGUUCAGAAUAGAUAUUUAAAGCAGAUAUUUCAGUUGGAGUGAAGCGAAAUGCUAACGUUCUUUUUGCAUUUUCCUCACAGCACAAUGACGUAUAUUUUUUGGCCCCCAAUAAGGUCAUUACAGAACGAGCGGUACACAGGACACAUUAUUGAACAGACGUUAUGGAGGUUUACGUCGAAACGUUGUGCAACCGUUGGUUGCUGCUCUCCUAUAAGGAGUACAAAGAUGUCAAACAACAUUUUAUUCACAGAGCGCCAAUGAUAAUAUUUUAAAGUUGGAUAAAAAUGCCUCUAAAAUUAGGCACAUUUAUAUGUAUUGUUAUAAUUGGUAUACGACUGUAUAGGUGAAAACCACUGCCAUAUCACCGUAUUCUGCUGGACGGAAUAUGCCGAAAUAGACCGAAUUCACUCGACUUGUUACGAAGUGUGAUUUGCCAAAGUAUAAGGGGUUAGGGGUUCGGGGGUGUGGGUUCGGGGGUUGAAGUUGAGUGGGAGGGGGGUGAUUCUCGCAAGCCAGAAUGCGGUGAUACUUUCAUUAAUAUCUAGUUAACAAAAGUUCAUGGAAAGACCAUUAGUUUUCGUAUACGCCACAGUAUACUUUUCUGAUAUUAUACCAAUUAUGUGGUAGUAUCCUUAAUUUUGUUUUGACAUGUUAUAUGUUAGUACUUCGUUAAGGAAUAUUUUAUUUCUUAUCAUACUGAUGUUGAGGAGUAUAUGUAGCCAUAACCUGUUGAAAAGAAAACAAUUUGUCGGAUAUUUUAUUUCACAAAGGUGCUCCUAUAUGAACAAAAAGAAAGAGAAAAAAUAGGGGAUUAUGUAGAAUAGAUUCCACUUCUAAAGGGACAGCAGUAGCAAGACUUAUGGUGAAGUCGACAUUUAAUGAUUUACCACACUUAUGUGUACAUUAUUAUGUAUAGUUUAUUUCACAAUGAUCUCAUUUUCUGUAUUAUGUUGAAGGAAGUGCCCGAGGGUAACAUUGCAUGGAUGUCCAUUGAACGUAAAAUUCUCACUUUAUUCUAAGGUACUCAACUGAACGUGGCACGAGCUCUCAGUGUCAUAAAACUCUUUCUUAUUCCAGUGCUCGCGCAAUCUUAUCAACCAACACGUUGUGAUGCUCUAGGUGUCAGAGCGCCCUCUUUUGUAUUACGAUUUUAAAAUUUAUUUCAUUUUUUAAUGAAGUUUAAACUUCAGUCAUACUCAGUGGCGAUAGUUUGGUCGUAUAUUUUUCCAUUACCUGUUGCCUUUGAAUCUGUGCACAAUUACCAAAAGCAUGCCAUUAAAUGCUCUUUUUUUUGCACUUGGUAAAAAAAAGACCAAGUGGAUGAAUUAUAUUUGUAUGUAUACUUGUGAAGGCCUUUAACAAACUCAUGGUCGCAUAACAUAAUGAGUAUGUCACAUUUUUAAAGAAAAAUCCAAUGCAAUUGUUACUCUGGAUGUUGAUGGUAUUUUAACCAUGUUGUCGUGACACACAACAGGUAUAAUUUUAGUCGCCAGGUGGCGAUUUUGUUCCCAACAGGGUUAUAUAUGAACAGAACAUGGGGAAACCUGUUCAAAUGAUAAAAAAAAACUGAAAGAUACAUUGCGUUUAACCAAAACAGUGAGGCGUCAAGAAGCACCUACAUAUAUAAAGUACAUUUUGUAUAUUUGUAAACUAGUUAUUAUCAAUGUCAUUCUGUCAGUCCAUUUUGCCAUUUGUAUAUCAGAGUCGCCAGCCAUUUGUCAUGCAUCAAAACUAUUAUUAUUAUCUGUUACGAUUAUGAAUACCAUAAAAGUAUAAAAUGAAAACAAUGAAAAAAU